CCCAGGUUGCAGGUUGGACGGUAGUUGCACAAGGCGUGACGCCGAAAAACAAGGCACGCAAGGCGACAAUGAAAGCACCCACCAAUUCAGAACAGCGCAACAAACAGGCUUUGGGGCGGUACAUCGCCGCUCUGUCUUGACCUAGCCUUUGCGCACCACCAGGCGAUCGGCGCUGUGCAAAUUAGGCUGCGGGCAUCUGCUUGUCGCAGCGCACGCCAAUCCCAUUCCCGCCACAGCUUGGCUGGCUGUGCCCAAUACGGAAGGCUGCCGUUGGAGGAAAUGAUGGAGCUGCCCGAGUGCAUCGAGACAAAGGGAACUCAAAAGACACCAGUCCACGAAGCUAUUUUCUACUCUCUGGUGCUGCUAUGAUUGGUAACGUUUUUAAGAACAUGUCUGUCUCAGGGCAAGGGAAGCGCCGCUCCGCAUUCUUCACAGCGCCCCGUCGCAAUAAGACGCAGAAAGUCGCCACCGUUCCAAUUACGAUUCUGGACAAUUUCCAAGGAAAGAAAGUAGCGGUCAAUGUCCGCGAGCAACAUAUGACAGACAACAUAGACAGGAGCCGUUCCUCAGACGCGCAAUAGAGAACCACUGCCUGCGCGUCCGAUGUGGCCGAUUCCGCGUUUCGACCCCGGACUCUGCAUCGCCCGGACUGCACGCCAGCGCACGGUCUUGAAGGAGUAUGAAACGCAUGCCGUCAGCUCCAUCGGGAGCACGAGCGCAUGAGCAGCUGCGGUUUCAACGCGGUUUCAAGCACGCGUGCAACAAUUACGGCAUAACGCCGAUGGCAAAAUAGCAACAGUAGGAUGACCCGUCUCGAGUGUUUUGAGUAAGAUGCUCGCUCUCGACUUGUUGCAUAAUAGGGUGUGAGUGUAAUGGGAAAAAUGGGAAGCCCAUCGCGUGAUGUGUUUGGUCUGCUCAUUAUCAAGCAAAGUAGGUUGUCUUUUUUCACACUCGACGCUAUCAAAGCAUUUGCAGGGCGUUUCUUUAGCCCUGUUUCCCUCUUAGCUGUUGAAAUAAGCCUUGCGCCAGGCUGCCCUGCAUUCCCAACGGCCGUAGUACAUGCUGUGCUGGGUACCAUGUGCCUUGUAAGUCACAGCACCCGGUAAACCUACACCAACCAUAAAAAAGACAUCUUCAUAGUCUGCAGACUAUUCAAUUCUUUGUAAUUUUCUUCCUCGUUUUCUAUUUCCUCCGUAUUUCCCUCUCACCAAGUCUCUCUCUGCCUAUGCGCCUUUUCAGGAUGUCCUCUUCCUCGGCAAAGCACUGCCUUGCUUGGCCACCCGCGUGUCCAGCCAGUCAUGUUGUCCCGCGCGACCACCAACGUCAUGGGGCCGCUUCUGCCUUGGACUGUCACCAGGCGCAGCUCAGCAUUGCCGCAAUGAGCCUACGCAGCUCCAAGAUUGACGUGCUUGACCAUUUUCUCCCUUUUUUCAUCAUCAUUAAAUCCCUCAGAAGCUAUUUUAUUUGAUUUAUCUCUUCUAUUUUCUAUUUGCGCCCAUCACAUUAUCGCCACACUGACCUAUAUACGCUGAAAGGAUGGGACACGCAUAUAAAAAACGUCUCUACUUGAGCAACCCUCCUCCCGAUGAUGUGACAAAGCGCACCCGUAUCACACGCUAUGUGCCGCCCGCACCGCUUGAGUGCAUGCCCGUCAUCGUCCCUGAUCCGCCCAAGCGCUGCCCAACGCCGCCGCCAAGUCUUCCAGAGCCCCAGGUCGAGGUCGAGAUUGAUCCCAUCGACGUAAUUGCCGUCGACUUUGAUGACGAAGAGGAGCCGCCUAAGUGUCCGUCAAGCCGGUCCAGUCGCGGAUCCCGCAGCAAAUGCAGCAGCGCCAGAUCCGUCACCCGUGAAAAAGAAGUCUAUAUCGAGCGGGAGCGAUUUGUGCCCGUACCUGUUCCUGUCCCAGUUCCCAUUCGAUCAGAGCCUCGUUAUCAUACAUUCCGCUAUGUGGAUGCUCCUCCGCGCAUUCCCUCGCCUCCACGCCUACCUGAAAGAAGGAUGAUUACCGACGACGAGAGGCUGAGAAUCACCAUCGAAGACCGACACAACUCCAGAGAAUACUAUGAGCGGUAAUUCUAAUGGCUACUCAUACCCCUUAUCCCUUUCAGCAGAUGAGGGGAACGACUUGAAAUGAGAACACGACUUUGUAUUUAUUUAAUCCACGACAAUAGCGCUAUAGUCUGCAAUUUACAUCGCAAUAUAUAUACGACAUAUUCCAUCCACAUAAAUCACUUGCUAGUUCAUUCUCUCAUCUAUUACAACUUCUGAAUCAUUAGUCGUAGGUCGGCUGGUGCCUCAUUCGUCGCCGCAAUACCUCGGGAGCACGCUGAUAGAAUGGUGUGCCGAUGACGGCAUCGGGCACCUCUUGGCCAAACAAGUGUGACGAUCUUGGUCGUGGUGUGUAAUACGGUGGUGGUAGCCGUGAAUCCGGUGCAAAUGGGGAAGUAUAAGAAACAGGGGCCGUCACAGUAGUGGAUAAGCGCGGCUGUGCCACACUUCUUCUCUGCUGGCCAGUGAUCCAGCGGAAAACGUUACCCAGUUCAUUCAUCCACCACAGGCCACCAACAAUAACCAGAGCCGUAACAGGCAAGGCUACCGCCCAAUAAAGCCACUGCGGGUAGUCCAUAUCGCGAACAUCUGAAGUGUUCAUGCCAAAUAUUCCGGCAAUGGAGCUCAGGGGGAGGAAGAUGAUGGUCACAAUCGUAAAGGCAUAUACAGCAUUCUCCUGUCUGUCCUUGGUCCAUUCCAUCUUUCGAAAUCUCGCGAUUCCAAGGCGUUUGCACACUCGCGAAGAAACAAACUUCGCAACCCAUGCUCGUUCAUCAGUGAUGGCCUCGUACCGCCAAGACCGCCAUCGUUGUUCCGGUUGUCUCGACCUCCUCUUGAAUUAUAGUAUGGGCCGACUUUAUUUGAGUCUCUGCCUUUCCGGUUUCGGUUUUCAGUUUCGUACAAUUGGUCCAUGAUCUUCUCAUCGCCAGUAAAAGAAUACCUCAUCUCUGCAACUACGCGCCGUUGCUUCCAAAUGGUCGACUUUACAGAAUUAAGUUCUUGUUUGACAAGAUCAAUCAUGUGUUGAUGGGAUCUUGUGGGUGCUUGAACAGCAAUAUCAGUGUCCUUAUCCUGUUAGUUAUACCCACAAAGCCGUUGAACUGCUAACUCACCAGAGACCCCAAAUACUGUGAAUAGGUUUGCAAAAUAUCGUCCGCUUUGCCUACUCUAUCUUUGAAUAGUUGCAUACUAAUCAACGACAGAAUUUCCAUGGGGGGCACGGUGACAUUAUCCGUCAGAUUCUGCUUGGGAAAGCCGCGUAUAAUGGUGGCCAUUCCGUCGUUUAUGAGAGCUUCGAUCUUCUCCAGGUGAUCAUCUUCGGUAAAGUCUCGGUCGAUGAAGGUGACAAACAAGGAAAUCAGGUGCAGCCAAGCCUGGCUAAAUUCACGAGGCACUGUGAUUUUAGAUUUCUCAGACUUUGGGGCGAAAGAAAGGAGAUGUUGAAAACUCUCGAUUCUAGGCCAGAGAGAACUGAGGGCGGAUCGGAGAUCUAUAAGAGCAAAUCUGAGAUCCAGACGGCUAGAUCGAGCUUCUUGGUGAGACUAUUUCAGUCAGCGUCUGUGCCUUCUAUGAUCUGUAGAUCUGUUCUUACCUUCAUAACAUCCAUUAUUGCACCCCAAAAUUUGUCGACGGUAGGGUAUUGGCAGUGGGGUGGUAGGAAUAAUUGAUACCAUGAAUCAGCAACAUUGAAAAGGCUAACCCGGUCCUCCUGAAUCUGACGCAGUUCAUCAUCCUUUUUCUCAUCAACUACUGACGCUUGUUCCAGGAGAAAUGAAAGAACAUCAGCUCGUGUAGCUCGAGGGCAAGCCUUAUAUGCCGUUUGUUUAGCAAAAGACGUCUUUUCUUCCAAGAACAACGCCACAGACUCCAUCUGGGUUCCCAGAACGUCAAUAAAUGGUUCUUUUCCUGUGGUUACUUCUGUUGGUAUAUUGACCAGGUCCAACACAUGGAACGGUGAGUCUGGAACUUGCGCUGGGUUUUCGUCAACCUCCGGCCGAAGCGCAGCUUUGAGCGCUGGUUCUGUAAUUAACCUAGCCUGUUCAGCAUGAUAUUAACCAUGUGUGAGCUGAGAUCUUACUCUUUUUUCAAUGCCAACGUAACUCCGCCUUUCGAUUUGACAUAUCUCAGCAGUUUCGGCCAGUCUUUGGAAACGACUACCUUGCCGUGAUGUUCAAAGGACAGCUUAUCUGGUAAAACGUUUCCGACUCCCACUUACAAACCACGUUGCACACUCAGAGGCUGAGAAAGCCCAGACCACGGAACUGUCCUUUUUCACAAAUAUCCGACCUGGAUUAUCGAGUGCGUUGGGUUUACCAGCAGCAAGCUCAUAAGCAAAAUCCAAGGUUUCACUUUUGAAAUCUGCCCGAGCCAUAUCCCCGCAAGUAACAAGCAAAUCUACAACU